GGAGGGCGGGGACACCGCGCGGGGCGGGCGGGCGCGCGUGACGGCAUUGCGUUGGGCAGCGCGCGACGAUCCCGGAAGCGCGGGGUUACGGCCGCCGUUUAGGCAGGGAGCAGGCAGCGGCCCGGGCAGCUCAGCGAGGAAAGAGGGAGCGCGAAGCUCCGGUAACGGCGGCGGCUGCCGGCCCGCCUCCCCCGCGCGGCGGCCAUGACGAACUUCAUCUCGGUGCAGCUGAAGAAGGCCUCGGAGGUGGACUUGGCCAAGCCGCUGUGCAAGUUCAUUCAGCAGAGCUACCCGGGCGGCGACGCCCAGGCCGAGCACUGCCGCGCCGCCGAGGAGCUCAGCAAACUCCGCAAGACCGCGCUCGGCCGCCCGCUCGACAAGCACGAGAGCGCGCUCGAAACCCUCCUUAGAUACUAUGAUCAGCUGUGUUCAAUUGAACCAAAAUUUCCAUUCUCUGAAAAUCAGAUCUGUGUAACGUUUACAUGGAAAGAUGCUUUUGAUAAAGGAUCGCUUUUUGGAGGAUCUGUCAAAUUGGCUCUGGCAAGUUUGGGGUAUGAGAAGACCUGUGUUUUGUUCAACUGUGGAGCAUUGGCAAGCCAGAUUGCAGCAGAACAGAAUCUAGAUAACGAUGAAGGACUGAAAGCUGCAGCUAAGCACUAUCAGUUUGCGAGUGGUGCUUUCCAGCACAUUAAAGACACGGUUUUGUCAGCCUUGAAUCGAGAACCUACAGUGGACAUCUCUCCAGACACAGUUGGAACCCUCAGUCUUAUCAUGUUGGCUCAAGCCCAAGAAGUCUUUUUUUUGAAAGCUACAAGAGAUAAAAUGAAAGAUGGCAUCAUAGCUAAACUAGCUAAUCAAGCUGCAGAUUACUAUGGUGAUGCUUACAAACAAUGUCAAUAUAAAGAUACUUUGCCCAAGGAGGUGUUUCCUGUUCUGGCUGCAAAGCACUGUAUUAUGCAGGCCAAUGCAGAAUAUCAUCAGUCUAUCCUGGCAAAACAGCAGAAGAAAUUUGGUGAAGAAAUUGGGAGGUUGCAGCAUGCAGCAGACUUGGUGAAAACAGUGUCAUCUCGUUAUGAUGAAUAUAUAAAUGUUAAAGAUCUGGUUGACAAAAUCAACCGUGCACUUGCAGCUGCCAAAAAAGACAAUGACUUCAUUUACCAUGACCGGGUUCCUGACCUGAAAGAUUUGGAGUCCAUUGGAAAAGCCAGUCUUGUGAAGUCUACUCCAGUUGUUGUUCCCCUCAGUCAGAAGUUCACUGACCUGUUUGAGAAGAUGGUUCCAUUGCAAGUUCAGCAAUCUGUGAGUGUUUAUAACCAGAGAAAGGCAGAUCUAGUAAACAGGUUAAUAGCCCAGAUGAGAGAAGCCACAAAUCUGGCAAAUGGUGUGUUGGCUUCCCUCAAUCUUCCUGCUGCUAUCGAAGAUGUGUCUGGUGAUACUGUUCCUCAGUCUAUUCUGAACAAGUCGAAGUCUGUGAUUGAACAGGGAGGAAUUCAGACUGUUGAUCAGCUGAUCAAAGAUCUGCCUGAACUGCUACAAAGGAACAAAGAAAUUUUAGAUGAAUCACUAAGAUUAUUAGAUGAGGAAGAAACUACAGACAAUGAGCUGCGAACAAAAUUCAAGGACCGCUGGCAGAGAACGCCAUCCAAUGAACUCUAUAAGCCUUUAAGGGCAGAGGGAGCCAACUACCAUAGUAUUUUGAAUAGAGCUGUGCAAGCAGAUGGCCAAGUCAAAGAGCGCUAUCAGUCUCACCGGGAUACGAUUGCACUUCUGUGUAAGCCAGAGUCAGAACUCAACGCAGCCAUUCCUUCCGCCAACCCAGCAAAAACAUUACAAGGAAGUGAGGUUGUUAAUGUCUUAAGAACUUUGUUGGCCAAUCUGGAUGAAGUUAAGAAGGAGAGAGAACAACUGGAAAACGACCUGAAAUGUGUAAAUUUUGACAUGACAAGUAAAUUCCUGACUGCACUUGCACAGGAUGGUGCUAUAAAUGAGGAGGCUAUCUCUGUGACUGAGUUGGACAGAAUUUAUGGAAGUUAUACACAGAAAGUGCAAGAGUCCCUGAAGAAGCAGGAAGAACUUCUUAAAAACAUUCAGAAUGCACAUCAGGAUUUUUCAAAGAUGAAACAAUCAAACAAUGAAUCUAAUUUGAGAGAAGAAGUUUUGAAGAACUUAGCUGUAGCAAAUGACAACUUUGUGGAACUUGUAGCCAAUUUAAAAGAAGGCACAAAGUUUUACAAUGAGCUGACAGAAAUCCUGCUGAAAUUCCAAAACAAAUGCAGUGACAUUGUCUUUGCUCGCAAGACUGAAAGAGAUGAACUGCUCAAGGAUUUGCAGCAAAGCAUUGCUAGGGAACCCAGUGCUCCCUCUAUUCCUCUGCCUACGUAUCAGACCACGUCAGCUGGAGGAAGUAAGCCUGCUGCAUCGUCGACUCCUACUCCAGCACCCAGAACCGUGGUGGGGACUAAACCGCAGCCACCAGCACGGCCACCACCACCAGUGAUUUCUGCAGCAAGCAGUUCCUCUUCUGCAUCAGCACCUUCUGGAACAGCUGCCGCUCCCGCUGCUCCUGCUCCUACUCCUACUCCUGCUCCAGGAACCAGUGGACCUGCAGCAAGCACUGCACCUUCACAGGCACAGGGACCUCCUUAUCCAACUUACCCAGGUUUCCCAGGGUUUUGCCAGAUGCCAAUGCCGAUGGGCUAUAAUCCAUACAUGUAUGGUCAGUAUAAUCUGCCAUAUGCACCCUCACCUGUGUAUCAAACCCCUGGACAACCACCAUAUCCGGCACCUCAACAACCUGGAUACCCUUUUCCUCAACAGCCUUAUUACCCUCAGCAAUAAUGUAUCUGCAAAGAAGCUGCUCUUGUUAAAAUUUGGGAGAAAUUGGCAAUAAACUUACUAAAACUUUUAGCUUCAGUUAAUAUACCACACUGAACUGUAUGCAGUCGAUAACUCCUGUUUAUUGUUAACUGCUCAGAAAUGUCUAGAUCAGUCUUUGAUUACAUUAAACACUUUGAAAGAUCUGCCGCAGUGGUUUAGACUGUAGACUAAUGCCAGAAUUAGAGCCUAAUUCAGUGAUCUGAAACUGUAACACUACAUGUUGGCUAGACCAAAAUGUUUCUUUGCAAAAAUCCUAUAAGUAACAAAUGGGUUCAGAUGGGAAAAGUGAAGCAGUGUGUGCACUGGGUGUGAUACAUUCUAUGGAAACAUAUAGCAUUUCCUGCUCCAUUGGUUUGUAUUUUUUUGACUUUAGUUAAAAUAUGCUAUUUUGUCUAAUAAUCAAGGCCUUGUAAAUCAUCAGUAAAAAAAUAAAUUACUUAAGAAUGGUUUAAA